GCUUCUAGUAGCUCCAGAUCUUCUUUCAUCAUUGAUAAACUGCUUCUCCUCAUCUACAACUUAGAACAUCCAUUGAGAUUCGAGCACAAAAUACUUGAGAGAUACAAGAGAAGGCCACACUUGAUAUCAACGAUUGGAGAGCUUUCAGCAUGGCGUCAAACAAUGAUACCUCUGACGCCACCCCAACCGCAAACCCCACUGUCCAAUCCCAAGACCCUUUCGCCUCCCAGCGCGAAACCAACAACAAUCCUUUCGCCACAGAUAAGCUCGGUGACCUUGCUGGCCCCGAUGACAUGCGUCUCUCGCAGUCCCCACCAUCAAAAGACCGCCGCAUGAGCAAGGAGUGGGAUGCCUCCAAGGUGCCACCAUCGCGUUUCCAGCGCCGCGAGGGUAGUAUCUACUCGACGCCCAGUUCCAGGGACGGCCACGUGAAGGGUAGCUCAAGGGAUCAAGCAUACUUCGAUAAGCUCAAGGAGAAGGGCUGGUCCCAGAAAAAGUAAAUUUGAUUGACUCCCUAAUGUCAGUCUAUUCACGAUAUGGAGCAUCGUUCGAUGGCCAGGAGCCAACAAGGCCCUGAAGGUGUAUAAGCAGCAGGUUCCCAUACUUCUUUGGAGAGAUUUCUAUGUAUUAUUGUCAAACACAAUGGCUGGCGACGGCGACUUUCCACUGCGG